UCUUCCUUUCCUCUCUCAGGAGGUACUGCUCAGAGCUCUCUGUUAAUGCUGUACCUAAGGAGAAAAUCCUGCAUCCUGCCUUUGAGCUUAAAGAAUUAAAGAACAAAACAACUCAGAAUAAUCCCUCAAGACUAAAAAGACCUGCUGCUCUUCCUGCUUGACGACCAGCACUUUUUCCAGCCUAGGCAGAGCUGUGACCUGGGGACUGAGCAGCCGUGCUGACCAUGAGCGAGCAGAGUCAUGUCAACAGCCUGUUCCUCAACGAGGACGCGGCCAAGCGGCUCAAUGCUGAGAACCGGGUGCAGCGCUUCCGGCAGGCCGUGCAGAAGCGGGCCGCACGGGCCAAGAAGCGGAUGCACAGCAUCACUGCUGACAGCGCUAAAAGCUUCCUCAGGAGGAACGCCUUUGUCCUCUUCACCAUUGCUGCAGUCUUACUAGGGAUCAUCCUGGCGUUUUCCCUCCGGCCAUACCAGCUGACCUAUCGCCAGAUCAAGUAUUUCUCCUUCCCUGGCGAGCUGCUGAUGCGUAUGCUCCAGAUGUUGGUUCUUCCUCUCAUUGUCUCUAGCUUGAUUACAGGAAUGGCCUCACUGGACGGUAGAGCCUCAGGGAAGAUGGGGAUGCGGGCUGUUGUCUACUACAUGGUGACUACGAUCAUAGCAGUCUUUAUUGGCAUACUCAUGGUGAUCAUCAUCCACCCAGGAAAAGGAUCUAAGGACAAGCUUCACCGAGAAGGCAGAAUUGAGCAGGUGCAGACCACAGAUGCCUUCAUGGACUUGGUGAGGAAUAUGUUCCCACCCAACCUGGUAGAAGCCUGCUUCAAACAGUACAAGACGCAGUACAGCACCAGGGUCUUCACCAGAACCAUCUUCCACAGCAGCAAUGUUACAGCAGUUGUGACAACCACUCAGAUCCCUGUGCCUGAGAACUCCACUGGCAUCCUGGAGAAUGUCACUCAUGCCCUGGGGACCAUCUCCGAGGUGCUGACCUUUGAAGAAGUCAUUCCCAUCCCGGGCUCAGCCAAUGGGGUGAACGCGCUGGGGCUGGUAGUGUUCUCCAUGUGCUUCGGUUUGGUGAUCGGCAGCAUGAAGCAGAAGGGACGGGCCCUGCGGGAGUUCUUUAACUGCCUCAACGAAGCCAUCAUGAGGCUGGUGGCCAUUAUCAUCUGGUAUGCUCCAGUUGGGAUCAUGUUUUUAAUUGCUGGCAAAAUCCUGGAGAUGGAUGACCUAGCAGUGAUGGGAGGCCAGCUGGGGAUGUACACACUCACUGUCAUCGUUGGACUCCUCAUUCAUGCCCUCUGCAUCCUGCCACUGCUUUACUUCAUCGUCACUCACAGAAACCCCUGGGUAUUCAUUGCAGGGCUUCUGCAGGCCCUCAUCACAGCCCUGGGCACCUCCUCAAGCUCAGCAACUCUGCCCAUCACCUUCAGGUGCCUGGAAGAAAACAAUGGUGUGGACAGACGCAUCACGAGGUUUGUUCUGCCUGUGGGAGCUACAAUUAACAUGGAUGGCACUGCUCUGUACGAGGCCCUUGCAGCCAUCUUCAUUGCACAAGUCAACAACUAUGAACUUGACUUCGGGCAGAUCAUCACAAUAAGCAUCACUGCCACAGCAGCCAGCAUUGGAGCUGCAGGUAUUCCCCAGGCAGGACUGGUGACAAUGGUUAUAGUGUUGACAUCAGUGGGGCUGCCUACUGAAGACAUUACGCUGAUCAUUGCAGUGGACUGGUUUCUGGACCGCCUUAGAACAACUACCAACGUCCUGGGGGAUUCUCUAGGGGCUGGCAUUGUGGAGCAUCUCUCCCGGCAUGAGCUGGAUGCGCAGGACUGCGAACUUGACUAAACAGACCCCGUAUAACCUCACAGACUAUUUGUCAAACUUUUCAAGAAAGCAUUGAAUUCUAAUCCUGAAGAGACUUCCUGUAUAUAAACAGCAAACUGAUGGACAAAUUAGAAGAAAAGAUUGUUGGAUUGGACUCCAGCUCAAAUGGGAAUUAAUUUUGGGAAGUCCUAUGGCUUGGGUUAUACAGACAGUCAAACUAAAUGACCAUAAGGGUCCCUUCUGGCUUUAUAAUAUAUGCACAUGCUUUCUGGUUUAGAGAUAUUUGCAAAGGGUCCUUCCGGUCCGAUCAUUUUUAAAAGCUAUCUGGAAGGAUCCUAAUGAUACUUUAAUAAAACUCAGCAAGAGUCUAA